AUGGAAGAAACUAUGCAUGUUUUGUUUACCUGCCCUUUUUCUAGGGCGGUUUGGAUGAUCAUACCAGGAGGAUCAGGUAUUUUAGCUGGAGUUCAUAGCAACAUUGCGACUGUUUUUGAAUCGUGGAUGAACGCAGUUCGACAAAAAAGCAGAAGUGAAAGCUGGUUAAAAUUGGCAAUGACUGUAUCAUGGUCAAUUUGGAAUGAAAGAUGCGAAGUCCAGUUUCAAAAAAAGAAGGCAAAUCCUGUUGAAGUUGCCAGAAAAGCCAUGAGCUUUGCUUCUUAUUUGGAUGGUCUUUACAAGAAGCAACAGGACAGAGUUGUAGCUAGACUUCCUAAAACAAAUACCUUGCAUUGGAAACCUCCUGUGUCACCUUUUUAUGUAAUAAACUGCGAUGCUUCUUAUGACAAAAACACUAAACUAACAGGAAUUGCUUUGGUGUUGCGUGAUUUUGCAGGGAACUGGUGGGGAUGCUCAGCAAAGUGCUAUGCAGGAGUAAAAGACUCCGAGCAAAUGGAAUGUCUGGCGUUUUCAGAGGCUGUCAAAUGGAGCAAAGCUUUGCAAGACGCUCAUGUAGUUUUGGAAACAGACUUACAAGGAAUUGAAAGCUACAUAGUGAAGAAAGCACCAGUGAUAGCUUGGGAAAAUGAAGACAUUCUAAUUGAUGCAAUUGACAGUUUGAAAAGUAUUCCUCAUUGGAUGUGUCAUUUCGUUCCUAGGUCUUGUAAUAAACCUGCUGACAAGUUAGCAAAGUUCAGUAGAAAGUAUAGAGUCAACAGGGUAUGGUUAGAUAAACCCCCUGAUAUUAUUGAAAGUCUUUUGAUUGCAGACACUGUAAUCUCUUUUGGUUAA